GCCUGGGCAGCGGCAGGGCCGUAGGACCUCGCGCAACGUCCGGGCUCCGGGGCGGGGGCUGCGGGGGCGAAGCCCCCUCCCCGGGGAGGCGGGGCCUAGGCGAGCUCCCCGCUUGGGGAGCGACGGCGGCCAGGAAAGAUGCAUCAGAAGCUGCUGAAGAGCGCACAUUAUAUCGAGCUGGGCAGCUACCAGUACUGGCCCGUCCUGGUGCCCCGCGGCAUCCGCCUCUACACCUAUGAGCAGAUCCCCGUGUCCCUCAAGGACAACCCGUACAUCACCGACGGCUACCGGGCCUACCUGCCCUCCAGGCUGUGUAUCAAAAGUUUGUUUAUUUUAUCUAAUGAGACGGUAAACAUCUGGAGUCAUUUGCUGGGUUUCUUUCUCUUCUUCGCGCUGGGAAUAUAUGACAUGACAUCUGUGUUACCUUCAGCAAGUGCCUCCAGGGAAGACUUUGUAAUUUGUUCUAUUUGCCUUUUCUGCUUCCAGGUCUGUAUGCUUUGCUCUGUGGGCUAUCAUCUUUUUUCCUGCCAUCGAUCAGAAAAAACCUGUCGAAGAUGGAUGGCAUUAGAUUAUGCAGGAAUUUCUAUUGGAAUACUGGGCUGCUAUGUCUCCGGCGUAUUUUAUGCAUUUUAUUGUAAUAAUUACUGGCGUCAGGUGUACUUGAUCACAGUGCUUGCUAUGAUCCUGGCGGUGUUCUUUGCUCAGAUUCAUCCCAAUUACCUCACACAGCAGUGGCAGAGGCUCCGUUCUAUCAUCUUUUGUUCUGUUUCGGGAUAUGGAGUGAUCCCUACUCUUCACUGGGUUUGGCUCAAUGGAGGAAUCGGUGCUCCUAUUGUACAGGACUUUGCACCCCGUGUAAUUGUGAUGUAUGUGAUUGCUCUUCUUGCUUUCCUAUUCUACAUUUCCAAAGUUCCAGAAAGGUAUUUUCCAGAUGUAGAAAAUUAACCAGUGAAAGUUGUCUGCACUCUGUGAUUAUGGCCAUAGUGUUUUUAGGCCUUAAAAUAUUCAGAUCAAAAGUUCCUACUUGGGGACU